AUGGCCUGCUGCCCCGCCACUCAAUCCCACUCCCCCACUCCCCCGCUCAAUCCCACUCCCCCGCUCAAUCCCACUCCCCCGCUCACUACCACUCCCCCGCUCAAUCCCACUCCCCCACUCAAACCCACUCCCCCGCUCAAUCCCACUCCCCCGCUCAAUCCCACUCCCCCACUCAAACCCACUCCCCCGCUCAAUCCCCUCCCCCGCUCACUACCACUCCCCCACUCCCCCACUCACUACCACUCCCCCGCUCAAUCCCACUCCCCCACUCAAUCCCACUCCCCGCUCACUACCACUCCCUCACUCAAUCCCACUCCCCCGCUCACUACCACUCCCCCGCUCAAUCCCACUCAAUCCCACUCCCCCACUCAAGCCCACUCCCCCACACACUACCACUCCCCCACGCAAGACCACUCCCCCACUCAAUCCACUCCCCCACUCACUACCACUCAAUCCCACUCCCCCACUCACUACCACUCCCCACCCCACUCCCCCACUCACUACCACUCCCCACGCAAGACCACUCCCCCACUCAAUCCCACUCCCCCACUCACUACCACUCAAUCCCACUCCCCCGCUCAAUCCCACUCCCCCGCUCACUACCACUCCCCCGCUCAAUCCCACUCCCCCACUCAAACCCACUCCCCCGCUCAAUCCCACUCCCCCACUCAAACCCACUCCCCCGCUCAAUCCCACUCCCCCGCUCAAUCCCACUCCCCCACUCAAACCCACUCCCCGCUCAAUCCCACUCCCCCGCUCACUACCACUCCCCCACUCCCCCACUCACUACCACUCCCCCGCUCAAUCCCACUCCCCCACUCAAUCCCACUCCCCGCUCACUACCACUCCCUCACUCAAUCCCACUCCCCCGCUCACUACCACUCCCCCGCUCAAUCCACUCAAUCCCACUCCCCCACUCAAGCCCACUCCCCCACACACUACCACUCCCCCACGCAAGACCACUCCCCACUCAAUCCCACUCCCCACUCACUACCACUCAAUCCCACUCCCCCACUCACUACCACUCCCCCACGCAAGACCACUCCCCCACUCAAUCCCACUCCCCCGCUCACUACCACUCCCCGCUCAAUCCCACUCAAUCCACUCCCCCACUCAAGCCCACUCCCCCACUCACUACCACUCCCCCCACGCAAGACCACUCCCCCACUCAAUCCCACUCCCCCACUCACUACCACUCAAUCCCACUCCCCCACUCACUACCACUCCCCACACGCAAGACCACUCCCCCACUCAAUCCCACUCCCCCACUCACUACCACUCCCCCACGCAAGCCCACUCCCCUACUCAAUCCAACUCCCCCACUCCCCCGCGCAAGCCCACUCCCCCACUCAAACCCACUCCCCUGCUCCCCCACUCAAGCCCACUCCCCCGCUCUCCCACUCAAUCCCACAAUCCCCUGCCCACCUGCACUCCAGUCCUAUUUCCCCGGAGAUCCCCGGCCACAGAAACUCUCACUCCAAUCAGCCGCCCGCCAUCCCUCAUUUACACUCUGGCGGCUUAAAGUAG